AUGUACAUGGAGGCUCCAUACACAGCUGGAGGAAAUGGCCAGUUGGAAGAAUCUACACGAAGGAAAGCGCUUCUACUCUGGGCGACCGGCCGCAUUGGUCAGGAGCUCGCGCCGGAGACAGAUGUCCUGAUCUCAAGGCUGGCCCUCACCCAAACGAUCAGCACGAGGCCUCACGAUGGAUCGGCCGAAGCUGUGACCGGCUUGUUCCCGACCAGUGUGCGCGCGAUCCGACCACCAAUACAGGGCGAUCGCGCCAUGGCGGCAUAUUUGUGA